GUAAAGCCCCCAGUUGGCCAGUUGAUUGCACUUAGCUUAUUAUUAACUGACAGAAAUCAUGCACGGCUGGUCCGUACGUUUAACUGUCGAGCUACAGCCUAUAAAUUAGGGGCGCGUGCCUGCCUCACCGUGCUCAUCAUCACCUUGAUACUUCAGGCACACACAUACACAGAUCGACAUGGCUUCCUCUACUUCUCCUGUAGCCAGCGCCGCCGCCGGCGUUCUGGUGGCAAUGGUGCUCGCCGCCGUGUGCCUCCACGGCGCGGCGGCGCAGCUGUGCGAGGACUACUACGACGACACGUGUCCCAACGCCUACGACAUCGUGAAGAAGGUGCUCGUCGACGCCCACAGGUCCGACGUCCGCAUCUUCGCCAGCCUCAUCCGCCUCCAUUUUCACGACUGCUUCGUCCAGGGCUGCGACGGGUCGCUGCUGCUGGACGGCGUGCCGGGGGUGAUCAACUCCGAGAAGGGAGCGCCGCCCAACAAUGGCUCGGUGCGGGGGUUCCCCGUGGUGGACAAGGUCAAGGCGGCGCUGGAGGACGCCUGCCCGGGCGUCGUCUCCUGCGCCGACAUCCUCGCCAUCGCCGCCGAGAUCUCCGUCGAGCUGUCCGGUGGCCCAAAGUGGGGCAUCCUGCUGGGAAGACUGGACGGCCUGACGGCCAACUUCCAAAGCGCAUCCAACCUGCCAUCGCCCUUCGACAACCUCACCAUACUCGAGCAGAAGUUCAGGGACGUCGGCCUUCGUGACCCCGUCGACCUCGUCGCCCUCUCAGGGGCCCACACAUUUGGCCGGGCACAAUGCCAGUUCGUCACGGACCGACUCUACAACUUCAGUGGGACGGGCCGGCCCGACCCUACCCUCAACUCCGGGUACCGAGCUUUCCUAACCCAGAGGUGCCCGUUGAACGGCAACGGAUCGGCCGUGACCAACCUCGACCCGACGACACCGGACACCUUCGACAAGAACUACUACACGAACCUCGAGGUGAACCGAGGCCUCCUCGACUCCGAUCAGAUCCUCAAGUCCGCGCCCGAGGCACAGGGCGUCAUCGCACCCAUCGUCGACCAGUUUGCGAGGAGCCAGGAUGCCUUCUUCAAGAGCUUUGCGCAGUCCAUGAUCAAUAUGGGGAACAUCCAGCCCGUGACAGACCCCUCCAUGGGAGAAAUCCGUUGCAACUGCAGGAAGGUUAACGACAGUUAGUUAGAAAUGACUGAUCACGUGGAUGUGUGUUCAGUUAAUUUCAGUACGUAGUACAAGUCAAGCACCCUGGCUCCUGUAAUGUGCAGCUCAUUACUUAGUAGUUCUUCAGUUUCAUAAUUGUUCAUAUAUAAAUGUGAAAUAAAGAGGAAAAAAUUUCUCCUGAUAGCUUAUAA